AUGCCUCUUUGGAGUCGGACUUGCCACCUCCACAAGCCCUGUGCAAUUGUCCUCCUCGUUGAUCGCCGAUCGAAUCGUUACAUUGCUUCUCUGCUGUCUUCUAGCCCGGAACCGGUCUGCACAUGGAAUGAUGCAGUGGACAAAGAAUUUGACAAGAAGGUAGCCCGGGGCUGUGUGCGGCCUAUCGCUCGAGGAGCCGUGACACCUUUCCAGGCCUAUCCAUGGGCUACCUUAAAAACUGUGGCUAUUGUAGCCAUUCUUUUCAGGCUACCGGCAACCUGCAUGUUCUUUGUAUUCCUGUCUACCAUCUAUCCGUUCGCUAAGCGAGUCACGUACUACCCUCAAUUUGUGCUCGGUUCUAUCUUCUCCUUGGCAUUCUUUACAUCGGUUCGAGGAAUGGAUGUGGAUCCGCUGUCUAAGGACAACUUUGCCCCGUCUUUGUGCUUUUUCGCGGCAAACACAAUUUGGACUACGAUCUACGAUACCAUUUACGCCCAUCAAGAUGUGGCAGAUGACGUCCAUGUAGGAGUCAAAAGCAUGGCCGUGCAUCUCCGGAACUCGUCAAAACUGCUUACGUCCUUCCUUGCGCUAUUCAUCACAGGCUUACUUGCAUUGGCGGGUGCGCUUGCGGGAUUCGGUCCUCUGUACUAUAUCCCUGUCGUGGGGGAAUCGGCAAUGGGUCUGGGGGCUACUAGUACACUCGUGAAGCUGGCAGAGGCGAAGUCUUUUCUUAACCCUGUGGGGUGGCCUGAGCCUCCCAAUAGUCCAUAUGUCGGUGUUACGACUCGUUGUUACUGGUAUUGA